UGAUAACAAUCAGGCUACACCCAUGUGUUUCACCAAACCCUGUGCAGACUCAUCAGCUUGGGAUACUCAGAUUUUAUUCCUGCUACAAGAGGCGCCACCUCUUCUUCAGAUUGAGGAUAAAAAGAGACAGACCAUUUCAGCAUCACUGCUACUGAAGAGACAGGUCAAAAUGCUGCGCAACUCUCCAAUAACGCUGCUUUUGGGACUUGCGCUCACAGCGACACUGGUGAUAUCUCAGAAUGAUAUAGUUCCUGAACGGCUGUGCCCAGUUAACCAGCGGUGGUACAGAUGCAAGCCUUGUCUGACACUUUGUGGGGUCAAAGCCAAGUGCUUGGACAAGUGUGUUCCCGGCUGUGCCUGCAAACCUGGAUAUGCAAAGCAGACUCUCGACUCUCAAUGUAUCCCAGAAGAUAAAUGUAUCAUCUGCAAAGGGCUGCAGGUCUAUACUCCCUGCAGUGGUCACUGCCCACCUACCUGUGAGCCCAGGAUGUGCCAUCUCAUGUGUAUCCCGGGGUGUAAGUGCAAAUCAGGACUUGUCUUGCACAAUGGGAGGUGCAUCCCUCCGUCACUGUGCCCCAAAACAUUACCUGCAAAUCCUUAAAACAAUAAAUGUUACCCCAAUGAUCUGUACUUGGGUGGGACCCUGCUGAAUGUAUCCUAUGGCCGGGUGGGUUGACAUGUAACAAUAAAAGAUUUGUCUCAUAA